AUGCGAGAAGACCAAGAGUCCGGAAGCUUCAAGAUCUUUCGCAUCAAGUUCAGAGGUUGCAACGUGACUUGGGCCCCAAUCAGCGCCAGCCGAUACCUCAGCCGGACUGGAAGAAACCGUAAACACGUGCAAGCAACACCAGCACUCGGGGCCGGUGGGCCCUGGUGGCUCCACGAGGACUUCCCGUUGUUCCGGUGGGCGAGAAUGUUCCCAGAAGGGGUGCCGGCCCCACCACUGCCUGCUGCGCCGCCGGACCGAGAAGAAGCCAGCGGCAGCAGCGGCAGACAGGGUCCAGGACACCGGCACAAUACGUCACAGAUGAAAAGAGAAGCUGAAAGCUACAAGAGACAGGCAGAAAAGGAUCUUCGGACCCAAGCUGUUGCAUGGAAGCGGGCCUACGAUGACCAAGCUUCGAACCGCAAGGAAUGCAUGAUGCUCCUUCAAGAACAAUCCCGGGCACGGGAGAUGGCCAUGAUGAGAAGUGAGGACAUCAGAGUCCACAUGCUCUACAUGGGCGGCGAAGUGCAGGUCUGGAGGCAGCUCGCCGAAAAGAAGAAGGAGAUGAAAGCGGCCAAGAAGGCCAAGAGAAAAAAGGAGGCAGAGGAGGCGAAGAAAAGAGAAGAUCAGGCUGCCAAAAAGGAUGAUGACACCCAGUGCGAGUCCCUGGAGACCAUUGCCUACAUUGAAUCAUCUGCGAAACAGGAAGACAGCAGCAGCGAGACUGGGAAGAAAGAGGAGCCUGCGAACAUUGAACAGAUGACAACUCGCGAGCUGAGAAAGCUUUGCAAAGAGAAGGGCCUCAAAGUCCGUGGCGUAAAGAAAGAUAUCUUGAUGAGAUUGAAGAGACAUACGUCCAGUGUUUCCAUCAAGAGUCCUGAGUAUGUCGGCACCGAGCAGAGUUUCAGUGAGAACGAAGAAAGUGAGGACGGAAGCUUCAAUGCAGAUCCGGAGUUGGAGACCUCGUCCAGCAGUGGCGGAUCAGAGGUGGCAUUGACUGCUGAAGCCCUCGAAAGCUUUGAAAGCCAUCUGAUCGCUGGAGAUCGACCUCUGAGGGUGCCUGGCCGCUACACGCCAUCGAACAGUGUGGUUGAUGAUGACGCUUCCGACAGCCAGGGCAUCAGUGUGGAUUCAGACUUGGAUGUGUGUGAGCUCUCCUCAGCUCCAAACACCAUGGAACUUCGGGUUGGUAGUGACUUUUCUGGGUUAGACACGGCCUUUUGGGCAUUGCGUCGACUCGGCAUUCCUUUUCGUCAUUGCUUCGCCUGCGACUGCGAGAGGGCGUCUUUGAAGGUGCUGAAUUACCUUCGUCCAGAGGUCCUUUAUGAAGACGUUCGGUCUCGCAACAUCUCCGAAAUGGCAGAAGUAGAUCUCUUCACGUUCGGACCCCCUUGCCAAUCUUACAGUCGACAAGGCAAUCGUGCUGCAGACAGCGUUGAGCUGGGACAGCUUGGACUGUACAGUGUUGCAUACAUCUUACACCACAAACCCAGGAUCGCUCUGAUGGAACAGGUGAAAGACGUGGUGCAGUCAGAGUUUUUUCAAUUGGUCCUGAACAAGUUGGCCACAGCCGGGUACAGCUUGUAUUCACAAAUCUUGAGAACUUACGAUUACGGAGUGCCCCAAGCUCGUGAACGGGUCUAUUUGGUUGCAUUGCUGAAUCCAGUUUCAGAGUUUUCUUUCCCAGACCCUGUUCCUUGUUGUUCAGCCAGGGAGUUGAUUGACGUGUUGCCGCCAGAGCGAUUUCAACUGAUCCCUGACCUUGGUCCUGCUGGUGGGGAGACCAGGCAGAGAAACGUUGUGCAACAGCUGCAGCUCUGCAUUGAAAGCGGGGUGAACCCCUACGAAAUAGAGGUGUUCGUAACCUCGGGCGCUUCCAGCUCAAGAAGCAGUUGGAUGGCAGGUCGCAUUCAGACUAUAACAAGGAGCGAAGCACUUCGCGGCGGUUACUGGUCUACAACCAAGGGGGGCUUCCUAAACCCAACUGAGGUGGCAAGGUUCCAGGGAUUUCCGGACAACUUCCUGAAUUAUUGCAGUUUAGAUAUCACAGAUUCUCAGUUCUGCGCAUUGCUGGGUAACGCAAUGAGUUUCAAUGUGCUCUUGCAUCUCCUGCCCAGCCUCCUAAGAGCAAGUGGGAUUGUGACCAACCACCAAGCGGACCAGAUGAUCAGAAUAGCCAAUGCCCAUCACCCAAGAAGGGCAUGGGCUUAA